GAGGAGCCGCGCGCUCUGGUGCUGUCGUCGUCGCCGUCAGUCAGCCUGCGCCCGGCUCUUCAGCGCCCAGUUCCCUCGGCCCCAUCGCCGCUUGUAGAACCUGCUGUGGGCUCAGAUUUUGCUGGGAAAAUGUCUGAUGAGUUUUCGUUGGCAGAUGCAUUACCUGAACACUCUCCUGCCAAAACCUCUGUUGUGAGCAAUACGAAACCUGGCCAACCUCCUCAAGGCUGGCCUGGUUCCAACCCUUGGAAUAACCCAAGUGCUCCACCUUCUGUGCCAUCUGGACUCCCACCAAGUGCAACACCCUCCACUGUGCCUUUUGGACCAGCACCAACAGGAAUGUAUCCCUCUGUGCCUCCCACCGGACCACCUCCAGGACCCCCAGCACCCUUUCCUCCUUCUGGACCAUCAUGUCCCCCACCUGGUGGUCCUUAUCCAGCCCCAGCCGUGCCAGGCCCUGGCCCUGCAGGGCCAUAUCCUACACCAAAUAUGCCCUUUCCAGAGCUCCCUCGACCUUAUGGUGCACCGACAGAUCCAGCAGCAGCUGGUCCUUUAGGUCCAUGGGGGUCCAUGUCUUCUGGACCUUGGGCACCAGGAAUGGGAGGGCAGUAUCCUACCCCUAAUAUGCCAUAUCCAUCUCCAGGGCCAUAUCCUGCUCCUCCUCCUCCCCAAGCACCAGGGGCAGCACCACCUGUUCCAUGGGGCACUGUUCCACCGGGAGCCUGGGGACCACCUGCACCAUAUCCUGCCCCUGCAGGAUCAUAUCCUACACCAGGACUCUAUCCUACUCCCAAUAAUCCUUUUCAAGUGCCUUCAGGACCUUCUGGUGCUCCACCAAUGCCUGGUGGCCCCCAUUCUUACCAUUAAGUUAACAAUGGACGAAGAGAUGACGCUUUGCUUUUUGAAGUACAUAUGUAUGCACAUGAAUGCAUAUAAAAAUGCUGGUUUCACUAUUCUUAGAGGGCGUUCACGAAAGAACAACUCUUGCACCUCUCAGAAGAUAUCUGCCUCUUGUAAUUGGAUGUGUAGUACAUCAGUUGGAUACAAUCAGAUAAAAAUGUAGAAGUAAAUAAUGCAGAUGUGAUUUUUAUUUGGUUUUCAUGUGAAGUUACAGUAGUUAAGUGUGUUAAAUAACUCUGAUACAAUUGUUUGAAUUAUAAAACUACACACUUAGAAAUCUAAGGUGAUGUGGAUUGUUAGAAUCUACAACUUCAUUGGCAAAUUACUUCAAGUAUUUUUUUAUAAUUUUCCCCUUAAAUAAGUAAACUUUGAAUACAAUCACAUUAUAGUCUAAACAAAUAAUGCCUCUUAACAUUGUGAGCUGCUUUAUCUGUAGAAUAAAUAAAUCCUGGUCCUCUUGAGGUUCUGUUUGAAUAUACGUUUGAAAGCUGUCAGUAAUUAUCAUCACAUGUAGAGUUCAUUAGCCAGCCAGUGUUUUUUCCUUGAACUUUUAGUGAAAUUGUUUCCUGAUUUGUUCUGUUUUUAGCCAUAUGGGUCAUACAGCACUAAAAUUUGACGUUUAUGGAAAAAACAUUACUCCGUAUAAAUGCUACCCUUAGAAAAUUGGUGGUCUCAUUUUGCUUUAGAAUGGAUUAUUCAAUGCGCAUAUUGUUUUGGGAAGAGCUCAAGGAAGGAAAUACUUCUCUGCUUUGUUUUGAACCUCAAAACUAAAUAAACCCUAGGAAUUCCUUCAUUGUAUCAAGUAAUUUUGAUUCCCACAAAACUUGAGGCAGCUCUCCUGCCCAGAUCAUUCCCCAUAGGUCCCUUCUCUCUCAAUCCUUUAGAAGAAUCACAUCCCUUAAUUCCUCCCUGAUAAGGAAAACUGGCACACUCUAGGGUUCUACCUUUAAAACACCACAGUUGUGGUUAGGGAAGUUUUGGUUAAGUCAUACAGACAUGACUGUUCUUUGUACUAGUGUGAAUCAGAGGAUGUGUCUGUGUUUCAGAAUCGGACUAAACUAUGUCAUUGUCUCCUGCAUAGUUUCCUGGAUCUUUCAUAAAGUGCUUAUGGCUAACAGUUCAGUUCUGUAUUUGUGUACAGGAAUUGUGUGCCAUGUUUGAAAAAACUAUUUUCUAGCUAAAAAAGUAAAAAUAAAUUGUAGAUCUCUGCAGUUGGAUUUAAAGCAUUGUGACUGUGUUGCUUAAAUAUUAAGUAUUGUUUAUAACCACCACAAGAGCCCCAGCAUCUUUUUAGUACCUUACAUUUAAAUCAUAUUCUUAGAUGUGAGAUAGACCUGGAUCUUAACAAAUAACAUUCUGAAGUUUUUCAUGGUAUCUGUGGGGUUUCUAAAAUGUAUUGAAAAUUACUCAGACCAGUAUUGGAGAGAUUUAUGCUAGAACCGUUUUUGCUUGAAAAUAAAAUAUUUAGUAGCUUAUUUCUCCUAUAAUAUAAAUGUCAAGAAUGCCAAAUGCUGCCAGUUUAAUGGUUUAAUAGCUACCUCCUCUUAGGAAUACAAGAUGACCGACCACCUUUGAGAGGAACUUGUCUAAGCCUCUCCUAUUUUAAGUAGAUGAGAGUCACACUUUCAGAAUUUGCAAAGAUCAAAACUAGUUUGUUUCGAUAUUUUUGGACUGAGGCGUGGUGUUAGCUCUUACACAGUGGCAAAUAGGGUCUUUUUCUUUGGUUCACUUCUUUGCAAGGCCAGUUGACAGCUACCUGUAAUACUCUGCUAUCAAGGUAGCCUCUAUUCUACAAGGCAGGUAGCCUUAAGGUACCGUAGCUUAAAUUAUCAGUCAAUAUUAAAAUGUCAAUUAACUGGGAGGAUAAAAUGAUAAGAAAAGUAAAAUAGCAGCAAAGAUAUCUCUUACACUUAUUUUGGCUGUCCUACAUUGGGACAAGUUGACAACUCUGACUUUAGAUGUAAUGUUUACUAUAUCACCAACUAGAAAAAGAAGAGGUAGGUUUGGGACUCUGUAAUUGUGGAGUCAAUAUAUUAUGGGAAAAAGUCUUUUGCUAAAGAAUCUGAAGGGCUGUGAACACAGAUUUGGGAAUACUGUGACCAGUAAGUACAGUAACUUUCCUUGUGACCCAUACUACCCAGUCCCCAGGUGAUACUGCUAUUUUAAUCUUUUGCUUUCAAGGACUUUAUAACUGGUAUUUUGUUUUUUGUUUUUUGUGUUUUUUUUUUUUAAUGUAAGAAUAGAAAUCAAAGGGAUAAUAGAAUUUGAUUUGAUACUCCAUUUAUUUUUGUAAAGUGCCAUUUUUCCGAUUGGCCUAGGAAAAUGUCUCAAUUCCUAUGUGCAUUCUGGGCCAAAAAGUAUCUUUAGGUUCAGUGUGGAGUUAAGCAAAGCAUUUAAGUUUUAGUAAAGAAAUGGGGGAAAGCAUCUAGGAAGUUGGGUUUUUAUUUGUUUUGUUUUGUUUUGUUUUCCUCUCUCUUUCCAAGAGAAUAAUGUUGCUUUCAAAACAGGUUAUACUAGGCUGAGAUUAGUUCAUGGAAGAGAAUGCUUGUUAGCAAGUAUAUUUGGUCUUAAGGGCAUAUAGGUCAUGGAAUGUGCUGGCAUUUGGACUGUGGAGCAAGAAUUUUUUAAUAAAUUUGAUAGAGACGGUUGAGAUGUAUUCAGGAAUAGUGUUUCUGUGGAGUUGGAAUUGGGCUUUGAAAUGUUGAAUUCAGAAAUAACCGUGAAAAAUUAACAGACCUCAGGUCUUCAUUCACAUAGUUCUCAAGAAUCAAAUGUUCCUUAAAGGAGUGCUUUUUAAAUACCUUGGCUCAUCUGUCCUGGAUGUGACUGCCACCUUUUCAUGCUUUUAAAGACACUAUUUACAGCUCUGACUCCACAGCUUUAUCUUGUGUAAAGUAAUAUAUUAUUCAGAAAUAGACGAUUUUAAUUAUCCAAGGACCUUCUCCAUCCAUUUUUACUGUUGGCUAUCUUCAUUAGAAAAUAUUAGGGCAGGGAAGAAAAAGGGUGGAUUUUUGGCUUCGGUCACACCACUACAAUGAAAUAUUGGAACGUUUUCUAGAAGUGAGUUGGCCCAUGAUAUAUUACCUCACAAAUAAUUAGUGCUGCCUAUUCUAAACAUCCAGCUUUUGAAUCUGUAAUGAAAGUAGCUCUACUCAAAGUUUCCUUAAAAGACUGCGUAGUUUGCAUCAAUUGCCUAAAAUGUUGAACAGUUAGUGCCAAUGUCUUCCUAGCCCUGAAUGAUGUCGAUAGAGCUAAUGUUAUCAAAUGCCUGGUUUCUAAACCCUGGAAAUUAAAUGUAAGCACAGAUCUUGGAGUGGUAAAGUUUUGGAAAAGCCUAAGCCUAGAUGUAGAUGAAUCACACUGAUGCACUGUACUAUGCAUAGAAAGUGGUGGGCGGCUUUCAGGGAAGACUAUAAUUUAAUCUUAAAGCAAUAUUUAGUAUUGAAGACAGACAUUUUUAUUUUCAGAAUUCUGCCAAGUUAAAAAAAAUUGCCAAUAAAGUAAUCAGUAUUAAAUGUUAUGCAAGCUUCUAGCUAUAGAAAAUAUCUGAGGACUACAUUUAUCUGAAAGACACUUAAAUAUCUGUGAUCCUGGUGCUUUGCCUGAUGCCAGGGAUGCAGAGAUGAAAGAAUCCCUGUCCUUGAGAGACUCAUAGUUAGGGGUGGCAUUACAGAACUCGUUAGCGUGCCCUUUACUAGUUUACCUAGAUAAACUUAUUUUAGGAUUGCUGCUGGUAGAAAUUACAGACCAGCCUUUGGGCAUUUUUAAAGGGGCAAAGUGUGAUUUUUUUUUUUAAACUAAGAAAUUAAUGUUUGUAAAGAAUGUAGUGUUGAUCAGUGCAACAGUUCAAAUGUGCGAUGUAACAGGAUGUCUUUCCUCCUCACUUUCCCCUGGAUGAAGGCACUUUGACUGCCUGUCACUGUUUAGCAGAUACUGAUUUGUUGCCAUUAAGUAAACUUGACUUUUUUUGUGUGCUCUAUAAAGGUUUUUUGUAAUUUUUCUUGAAAUUGUGAUUUUUUUCAUUGACUUAAUAAUGACAAAUUUAAUGUAUGUAAUUGUCUAUGCAUUUUAAGUUAAACUGCCUAAAAUGUGAUUUGAGACAUAAACAUUUGUAUUAUGACUGUAAGCAAUCUGUUUAAGAUGUUGGGUUUUAUCACCUGCUGCUGUAUUUGUAAACAAAGACAAAUGUUGCUUUAAGAAGUAAUUAUAAUUAGGAAUAGGCUAUGGAUGUGUGAUACUUGAUAUUUUUUAAGAUAAACUUGUUUGCUUUGUGUAUUAUACCUGAAAACUUUUUUUAAAAAUGUAUUUUCAUGGUUU